UAUAUUAUGGUGAGGCGUUCAUCAUCAAUUAAGAUUCAACCCCCAACUUAUGGAAAUCUUAUUACAAUUCUGAGCAUUGAUGGAGGUGGUAUUAGAGGAAUUAUUCCUGGAAUUAUUCUUGAGUUUCUUGAAUCUCAACUUCAGGAGAUUGAUGGGGAAGAUGCAAGACUUGCAGAUUACUUUGAUGUAAUUGCAGGAACAAGCACAGGAGGUCUAUUAACAGCCAUGUUAACUGCUCCAGAUGAAACUAAUCGUCUACUAUUUGCAGCUAAAGAUGUUAAACCGUUUUAUCUUGAAAAUUCCCCUAAAAUUUUUCCUCAAAAGCGCGGCUUAUUUGGCUGGGUUGGACGACUAUUGACAUUUUUAUUUGGACCCAAGUACGGCGGAGAAUACCUUCACAAAAUUAUAAGGGAGUUACUAGGAAAGACUCGAUUGCAUGAUACCUUGACUAAUGUAGUAAUUCCAACCUUUGAUAUCAAAAAUAUGCAUCCAAGAGUUUUCUCCACAUAUCAGGCUAUAGAGACACCGUCAUUGGAUGCUGGACUAUCAGAUAUAUGCAUUGGCACAUCUGCAGCUCCAACUUAUCUUCCUGCGUAUUAUUUCAAGAACCAGUAUAAACAAAGUGAUGUUCGGGAAUUCAACCUCAUAGACGGUGGUGUUGCUGCCAAUAAUCCGGCAUUAGUAGCCAUGAGCGAAAUUACCAAACAAAUUUUUGAUGGACAUCCAGACUUCUUCCCAAUUAAGCCUACUGAUUAUGGAAGAUUUUUAGUAAUCUCAGUAGGCACUGGCACGUCGAAGGUAGAAAAUAAAUAUAAUGCUAAAAAGGCAGCCAAAUGGGGUCUUUUAGGAUGGUUGCUGAAUGGAGGUUCCAAUCCAAUAUUGGAUGUUUUCACUCAAGCCAGUGCUGACAUGGUGGAUUUACAUAUUUCGGCAGUUUUUCAAGCACUCCAUUCUGAAGAAAAUUACCUUAGAAUUCAAGACGACACUUUGACGGGAAUAACUUCCUCCGUCGAUGGAGCAACGAAGGAGAACUUGAACAAACUAGUCGAAGUUGGGCAAAGCUUAUUGAAGAAAGCAGUUUCGAGGGUUAAUUUGUAUUCAGGUCUAUUCGAGCCAAUCAAAAAGGGUGGAACAAAUGAGGAUGCUUUGAAAAAGUUCGCGAAAUUACUUUCAGAAGAAAGAAGGCUUCGGGAAUUUAAAUCACCUUUCAAGAAGAAAUGCUCUAAAUAGCUGAAUUAUUUUAUCAUCCUUUAGGCAUUUAUUAAUAAUUACUUAGUUCAAAUAAAAUUAGUUCCAUCUUCAAUGUAUGUAUUUUG